UGCUGCCAGGAUGGGGCCCCUAGCAGCAAUAGGCGAGGAAAAUCAGACAGAUGAAAUGAAAAUGGAGCUGUUCACCAGGCUGUACUUGCCAAGGUUCACCACACCCCUCAAUGAACUGGCUCUUGACCCRAAACCAGAACUCAAGGACAGCACCACGCUGGUUGAAGUGCAGAUCAUCCUCAUCUUUGCUUACUGUUCCAUCAUCCUGUUGGGAGUGAUUGGGAACUCCCUUGUGAUCCAUGUGAUCAUCAAGUUCAAAAGCAUGCGCACAGUGACCAACUUCUUCAUUGCCAACCUGGCYGUGGCUGACCUGCUGGUGAAUACGCUGUGCCUGCCCUUCACCUUAGUUUACACGCUGUUGGGUGAAUGGAAACUGGGCCCAGUCCUGUGCCACCUGGUGCCGUACGCCCAGGCUCUUGCUGUGCACGUCUCCACUGUCACUUUGACUGUGAUUGCUUUGGAUCGUCAUCGCUGCAUCGUCUACCACCUGGAAAGCAAAAUUUCCAAGCGGAUCAGCUUCCUGAUCAUAGGAGUAGCCUGGGCAGUCAGUGCUCUGUUAGCAAGUCCUCUGGCCAUCUUCCGUGAGUACUCACUGAUUGAGAUCAUUCCUGACUUCAAGAUUGUGGUCUGCUCUGAAAAGUGGCCAGGGGAGGGGCAGCUUAACUACAGCACCAUCUACAGUGUCUCCAUGCUUCUGAUCCAGUAUGUGCUGCCUUUGGCAGUUAUCUCCUAUGCCUACAUCCGUAUUUGGACCAAACUCAAGAACCAUGUUAGUCCYGGGGCAGGGAAUGACCACUAUCACCACCGGCGGCAGAAAACCACCAAGAUGUUGGUGUGUGUGGUUGUGGUGUUUGCUGUCAGCUGGCUGCCCUUUCACACCUUCCAACUGGUCAGUGAUAUUGACAGCCAGGUGCUAGACCUGAAAGAGUACAAACUGAUCUACACAGUKUUUCAUGUCAUUGCCAUGUGCUCGACCUUUGCUAACCCCCUCCUCUAUGGCUGGAUGAAUAACAACUACAGGACGGCCUUCCUCACAGCCUUCCAGUGCGAACAGCGGUUGGACUCCAUCCACCCUGAAGUAUCAGCUGCUUUCAAAACCAAGAAAAAACUAGAAGCAAAAAAUAGUAGCUUCCCUGGAGACUCUUUCUCACAACCUACCAAUGUCUAAGACGGCUGACUUGAGAAAAGAAAUGACUAUCUUGUGGACAGAGACAUAAGUCUGUUUUAACCCAUGCAUUUUUAAUGCAGAGUUUUAAUCAUACAUGGUGAAAGAAAACUAGCAGUAAAGUCAAGGCAGGUAGUAUGAUUGAAGGGGAGUUGAUUGACAUCAACAAUAUUUAACUAUAUAACUCCAAAGAAACAGAAGAGUGAGAAUUKGUUUAUGGCUGUAGUGUGGUAGGAGGGAUUCCUCAUUCCCAUCCCUCCCAUCUCUUUUGGUAAGUGCAGGUGGCAGAGUUUGCUGGUUUUGCCACUGGAAGACAAACAGCUGAGUUGUAACAUGGGAGUACUGAUGGUGGAAGCAAGAAACUGUUAUUUCUUGGAGGAGAACAGAACAGGAGAGAGGUUGCAUGUGCAGAAUAUGGAGAGCAGAAGGUGGUCAGAAGAACAAAGCUUAUCUGGAGACAAUGGGCUGCACGGGUUAAAGUUCCCACUUUUCAGAUCCAUCCUCUGCCAUGAGUAUGUUUUGUGAAGAAAAGGGAAUUAAGAAGAGAAAUUUUGCUGUUUUUGACUUGUACUGAAAUGCUUCAAAUAGAACAUUCUAAAUGGGUUGGGGGGAGGGUGAGGGGAGGAAUUAGAUUCAAUGUAAAGUUUCUAACCAUACUGAAAUGUGACGUUUGGUCAAUGAAGUUGAGUAAAAACUCACUCCUUAUCAAGUUAUGCUGAUUGAAAACAGUCCAAGUCUGGGCCCUGAUCGCUCAUGCCCUGCAUAUCCUACCUUAYAUUAUGCACUUGAAACAGCUCGGAAAACACAGCACUUAGAAGUGGUAUUUGAAGGGCAUGCAGGGGAUGUAGGCUCGGGUCUUCCAUGAGCACUUCAUAAACUGAAAGAACUGCCAAUGUUUUAAUUUUCAGCCCUGCUUAAAUGUCUAAUGUGUUAUUAACUCCACAGGCUUUGAACUGUUGCUGCUUUCUCCCUGGAUAAUAGAAUAGGAGAUAAUUUUGAUYCUCUGGAAAGGCUGCUAGAUGGUAAUGUGUUUUUCCUUGUUGUGGUUUUAUGUCACACACUCAUGUUGUCUUGCAGCUUUUCCCAUCCUUAGCCUUUGUAAAAACUAAGAACAUCUGAAUGAGUGUAACUUAAUAACAGCAUGCUAAGUUCAUGUGAUAACUUACCAGUUAUUCUGCAUGCUGUAGUUAACUGUUAAAUUCCUUUU